UGUCAAGCAUGAUUCCGUUUAAAUUUAGCUGAGAAAGGGGUCCAAUCGUGGAAAAUAAACUGCAACGAGAAAUUUCCGACCUUCUGACUGUACUUCUAUCCGGGUGAUGAGCACACAGAACCAAAGAACUGAUAUCUGAUUUGAGCCCUUUCUGAGUGCACCCCAUGUUGCAAGAAGAAGAGGAGAAGCAAGUGGUCGUUCUGUGUUGCCGCCAUAUUGGUGUAGCAAGUGUUUAUCCAUAAAGUUACACUGAUGAUUUCUAAAUAUUUUGAAGUUUGAGCGAGCCUACAGUGUCUCACUUGAAUGCGGAGAAAAACCUUUCGCUUGAAUUGAAAUUUAGUUGCCGCUUCUAGUGGUUAUCACAUCACCAGUUCAGCUGCUGUGACGUCCCCUACCUGGGGCAAAUUGUUGCAAAUAUUUUAGGCCUUUUCAAUAUUAUUCCUGUGUCGUGCUGGAUAAACAGUGAAUUGGAUGCUUUGUUGUAUACUAAGUGCUUGAAAAGCCAAGUGGGUUCUGCAACGACCGUUCCAGAGUUCUUUUAAGAAGUGGAACGGAUAAUUAAUGUAUGCAUUGUCCGGGGGGGCUCACCUAGACUAAUGUACCCUAAAGGGUUGAACAGGUCAUGCUACCGACUAUUUUGCACUUCGCGAGUGUUAAAUGUGACUCUUAGAGAUUCCAUCGACUUUCUAAAUCGUUACAAGUCACCCUGAGGCUUCUAAAAUGUCUUGGGACAUCAGUUUGACUUCUUCCUCUCUUCAGAGAUGGAUGGUUUUGCUUCUUGUUAUUGUCAUCAGUUUUGUGCACGUGUCAAGCACUCAUGCAAUCACAGUGACAAAGCGCUGUGAGUUCCACAAUGAUACUAUGUGUCAAGAGCUAGGAAAUGGCUGCAAUGAAACCCAGGAAUGCAACAAUGAUGAAAACAAACGGCACCAUUGCUUUGUCCUUUGGCAAAACAAUUCUAUGGGACAACCUUAUGUCAAACUUAAGGGAUGUUUCCUCAACAACAUGGAAUGCUACAAUCAGCCUAGGUGUGUGGAAAAGAGAGAAGGACCUGAAAAAGAUAUGUUCUUUUGCUGCUGUGAAGGUGACAUGUGUAACAGGGAAUUCACAUGGGAACCCACACCAGCCCCACCCCCAACUUUGCAAGCCCCGAUGCCACCAGCCAAUCAAGAAUUCAAAUAUAUUUUGAUAAUACUGUUGAUGCUGAUGGUCGUGGCAGUUGUCAUAGCUCUCACAUAUUGGUAUUACAGAAGGCGCAAGUUGGCUUAUUUCAAUGAGGUGCCAACUAUGGAGCCCCGGUCCCAAGCUCUGGAAGCUCCCUCCCAAGGCCUGCUCCCAAUUCAACUCCUUGAAGUGAAAGCUCGGGGUCGUUUUGGAGCUGUGUGGAAAGCACAAUAUCGGACUGAAACAGUUGCUGUCAAAGUCUUCCACAUUCAGGAAAAGCAGUCUUGGUACAGUGAACAGCUGAUAUAUCAGCAGCCUGACAUGGAUCAUCCCAAUAUACUGCAUUAUAUUGGUGUUGAACAGCAUGGAGACAAUCUCCAGGCUGAGUUUUGGCUGAUCACUGCUUUCCAUGAGAAAGGCUCUCUGUGUGAUUGGCUGAAGGCAAACAUUGUUAGCUGGCCAGAACUUUGUCGUAUUGCUGAAACCAUGGCCAGGGGUCUUAUGCACUUUCAUGAGGAAAUGCCGCCCAGGAAAGGUAAUGGUUACAAGCCGGCAAUUGCCCACAGAGACUUCAAGUCCAAAAAUGUACUGUUGAAAUCAGAUCUCACUGCCUGUAUAGCAGACUUUGGUCUUGCUCUAAUCUUUGAGCCUGGGAAAUCUUGUGGUGACACUCAUGGCCAGGUUGGUACUAGACGUUACAUGGCACCAGAAGUACUUGAGGGAGCAAUCAACUUCUCACGUGAUGCCUUCCUUCGCAUUGAUAUGUAUGCUUGUGGACUUGUCCUCUGGGAGCUGGCUUCACGGUGUACUGCUCAGGAAGGUCCUAUUGGUGAAUACCGACUACCAUUUGAAGAGGAAGUAGGGCAGCGACCUACUUUAGAAGAUAUGCAGGAAUGUGUGGUUCACAAAAAGCAACGACCUAUAUGCCCAGACACAUGGCGGAAGCAUCCAGGACUCUCUGCCCUCUGUGAUACCAUGGAGGAAUGCUGGGAUCAUGAUGCGGAGGCAAGACUGUCAGCUUCUUGUGUUAUGGAGCGAUUACUGAAUCAACAGCGGCUGUUGGCUCAUCCUGUGACACAGUUGCUGAACAUUGGCACUGUAGACAUCCCUCCAUGCUGUCCCAAGGAUGCCAGCUUGUAAAUAUUAUUGUAAAGCUGUUGUGAGUUGCUCACUCUACCAUUUCUACCUCAAUUGACACAGCCAUGUUGGAUGGCUCUGUAUAGUAGGAUUCGUCAAAGACUGAACUUUAAAGAUGUGUUCUUUGCAGUGUGUCUAGCAGCUGUGCCCUAUGUGCCAAUGUAAUAUAUAGUUUCAAGAAUAAGUGUACAGUUACAAAAACAAGUGAAAAAGCAAAGUAAAACUUGCAAGUUAAAACUGUGUGUGGUGUGCUUAGUGCUUCAAGUUCAGAAAAGGAAAGACACAAUGUACAAGCUAUAUGCCCUGCAUUUCAAAGUCCUCCUUUGGAAGAAACUGUGGGCAGAAUAAAGAAGACUGUGAAGCGAAUUUGGCCAAGAUAAUAUUUAAGACUGCACCAGCGUGAUGUGGGAAAUGAUUGAGUCCCUAGGGACUGAUAAAGUUUGGAAAAUUGUGGAAACGGGCAGUGCCCAUGUAAAAGCCUCUUUUGUAUUCAGUAUUUUGUUAUGUAGUUUAAAAUGCCUUAUUGGAAAGCACAUUAGAUAUCCACUUUGCUAAAGACAAGAAAAAUUGUUCAAAAAAAAAUUAAAAAGAAAGUAGAACUAAAUUUAUUCACAGUAUUUUUGUCUUGUUGUUUGUUAUUGGUUAAAUUUUAAAGUUUGCUUUUAUUUUUAGCAGUUUCCCUCAGCAAUGUUUUAGGUUGUGCUCAUAUUAAUGAUCUCUAAAUUUUUGUCCAUAUGAACACAUUAACCCUAAACCAACGCCAGUUUUAUUUUCGUGCAAUGUUCUGUGUAAAUUUGAGCUGGUUCAAAUGAUUCCUCUACUAUUAUUGGUCUCAUUGACCAUUUUCAUAUCUUGUGAGAUGGUUUUAAGUUGGAGUUUUUCUUUGACAGUCAGUCUCUUUCAUUCACAGUCCAGUUAUUUACUGUCUAUUUUGUUUUAACUGUUUAGUGACUGGGGUGUGGCUUAGUCUUGCAACGGCUUGUGGUUUUGUUUGAUCACUGGUAGGUAGAGUAUGUGUUCACGCGUCUUUGAUCAAUUUAAACCGAUACCUAUUAAUAGGUAAAGGUUCAUUGUGUGAUUUUUUUAUUUUGAAUAGUUUUUAGUCCGUCCAGAAAGUUUUAAUAGGUUGAGCAGCUAGAGCACCCCACUUCCACCCCCAACCCACAAAAAAAGAAAAAUAAGGUUCAGGGAAAUUUCAUUGUAAGGGCGUUUCCAAUUAAAUCCAGGUACUUCAUUUGGUGAAGUAAUUAAAUACAUCGAUGAAUGAAGCUCGUAUCUUAUGAUUAUUAAUCAAAACUGUGAUAAAAUGGAACAUUGAUUGAUUGUGGAAUACUUUUACCUGUCUGAAAGGGUUGGUUAGUUUCUGACAAAACAGCAUCUUGCAAUUGAGUUGCAGUUACAAAGCUUCCAUUCAAGUUCGCUUGUAGGAGAAAUUUUUCUGUAACAUAUUCAAAAUUUCUCUCUAAGAAGUGCCUGGCAAUUCCUAUUGCUCUUUAUGUUUUAGUUAAAAAGCAACUGAUUGCAAUCCACGUAGCCAUUGUUUUAAUUAUUAUUUUAACUGGACUGAUGGGUGUUAUGUGUUUUUUUUUUGUUCUCUUUUUAAUAGUUUUAUUGUGUCAGUUAAUGUUACUUGUUCUGACUAUUGUAGUGCACAUCUGUACCCUAUCUCGAUAUUGAAUACAUGAUGCAAGAUAGGUGCCAUAGAUUCCCCUUUUUUUGUUUUAUUUAAGCAAUCACAUGGUGUACAUGAGAAUUAAGUAAUCACUGGAAAACUUUAUGAACUCUCUAUGUAGAAAUGUUAAGGAAGUUAAUUGUUCUCGUGUUAUGACUUGCAUGUUAGGUUAAUAUUUGCCAGUGCUCAUUCCUGUACCCAAUUUGUUUGGGGGUUUGGAAAGGGAAAGACCAAGUUCCUAUUUACAUUUUUAAAAAAGAAAAAAUAAGAGAAAUAAAAAAAACAAUCACUAUUGUUUGUGGUGACAUGUUUUCUUUCUUUAGGAUGUUGUUAAUAUUUUUAUUUCUAUGUUACAAUUGUUAAUGGAAUGUUUUAUAAGUUUUGCUAGACUAAUCAGGUCCUGCAACCAAUGCCAAUGCCAUAAGUGUAUUUAAUUUGGUACUGAGUAAAUUGAUGACAGCCGUGUGCUUUUUCACAAUUCUAAAGAAAUUGUUUUUGUGUGAACCCUGACGGACCUUUCUCCUCUGAGUCAAGAGCUUCAUAUCUUCUUAACUGUCCACUUCUGUUAACUUGAACAAUGAUUUAAUGUUGGACUUUUUGAAGCUGAAAUAAAAACGAUGCAUCUUGAUGGAUGCAUCUAAUUUUGUCUGGGGCCAAGUUCUGUUCCAAAGAAUCUUCGCAUGACUUGAAGGAUUGUCCACAAACUUAACAUCCAAAACCAGCCAAGAACACUAAAUAAAACCUGUGCAUUAUGGUUUCAUAGGAUUUAAAGGUGCAUUUUUCAGUACCCACUGCUUCUUGUUUACAAGCUUUAAAUAACAAGCAUUCUUUGCCUUCCUCAAACAAAUUUGUCUGUGUGAAUAGCUUUGAUUAUUGUUAAAACAAAUGCUAAAUGCCUUGCACAACUCCAGUUACCAUGUUAAUUACUGCAAACUCAAAUGUUAAUUUAUUGUUAAUAAACAAAUAGUGCAUGCAAAGAUUUCCCUUCAUUUUUAAUUUUAAAAAAAUUGAGUGAGAGGGUUGAGUGGUGCUGGUUCUAUCUUUGGUUUACUUCAAGACUUAUGCUUAAUAUGAUUCAGUAGUAAGGUGUAGAUGCAUUCAAAUUGGAUUUAGUCUUCUAUUCCCACUAAAACAUUGGAAAUCUAUUCCUCUUGUCUUAUUUCUUCCCUUGGCCCUUUGUACUUAAUUUCUAAUCUCAUCCAAAUCACUUGACCAGAGACAGACUGGCUGGCCAAAGAGAGCACGUGUCCAGUUUCCUUCUUUGCAAUUUUAUGGCCGGAAUCAUCUUGUUAAUUCAGUUUCAGCAGUAUUUCUGUGUGACUUGGAGUACAAAUUGAUAGCCUGCAUAAUCACUUUCCACUCAUUUUUUUUUCCUCUUCAUAAUUAAGGUCAUUUAGCACAAACUGUUUUGCGUAUGACUCAUCUCACAUAUCUGGGGACAGAAUAAAUGAACUGUUUACAUUCUGCCCUCACAAUCACUUAUUUGCGCUCUUGAUUUCAUUCAAUUAGUAGUUGUCUUGUUGGUAUUGAUGGUUUCAGAAGUAUUGAUGUGUUAAAUGUUUCCUUUCCUAAUUGUUUCAGUCUAAAGAGUCCCUACAAUGCUUAGCCCUUAUGUGUGAUUUAAAUUGAGGCGUGUUGCUUAAGGUCUACUGUAACUUUGUACGUCUACUAUGAUCUUAGUAAGUUUCUGUUGAUUUUGUUGUAUGUCAAAGUGAGUAUUUGGAUGAAAGUGUUCUCAUUUAGUUGGAUGGGCUCACUCUUGGCAAACUUUAAUUAACUAAAUGAUUAAAUGAGAUUACUCCAAGUUUGUAUGUCUUAACAAAUUGAUGUUGAUGCUCUAGAAACCCAAGAGUGAGCAUGCUUGGUUGGUUGACUCCACCUGGCACAGGUCAGGUAAAGUCAACAGUGCACAAACUUGGGUUUCUAGACAGGUUGGUGAAACGACAUCACAUUUGUUUUCUGACUUUUUCAAAUCACCUCAGUAAUCUCUGAUUGCACAUACCAUAUAUAAAUGAAAUCAGAUGGCACUUUGAGUGAUGCAGACACUUUGGGUUUUCAAGGACAAAUCCACAUAUAUUGUGCUGGACUCUCCCUUUACCCUUUGAACUCUUAUCACCCCCUUCCUGUCCCCUUUCUGCCCUGUUAAGUGUGACAUUUGUUUAGUUAAGAGAUUCUGCAGGGUAUGUACCAUAGUGUGUAGCAAUUAAAAGUACAAGUUUUACUACAUAAUUAUUGGACUUAAAAUAAAUUGUGUAUUGAUGUGUUUUUUUCACAGUUCUUGAGUUUACGGUUAACUGUCACGGUCAGUUUGGCAUUAUCAUAGAUUGUGGACAUAGCUGCAUAGUUCAAAGGGUUUCUGUUUGAUUAAAUGUUCCAAUAAUAUGUCUCGGAGAAAUGAAAUUGAUAUGAAACACUGUGACUUCUGUGAGAUACAUGGACUUAACGUGAUUAUUGUUACAGAGUUAAGUCAUUACUGAACAGUGUUACUGUUACUUUGGUCUGGUCAAUUUAGCUCUGCUUUGUUUGAACUUAUCGAACCUUUCUACAAAGUGUCCAUCUUAUUGAUAGACUGAUAUUACAAAACACAAAACAAAAAAAUCACCUCAUUUAAUUGGGUUUUUUAUAUUGACUGAUUGUUUUCUGUGUAUUUUAUUACUUCUUACUAUAUUGUAGAUGUUUGUUAUUAAUUUCAUAACUUGUGUUGUUUUAUAAUUCUCUUUACUGAUGCUUUGUUAAAACUUACAAUAGUAAUAGAUUUUUCUAAAGAUAUCAAUGCACUCUUGUUUGAUGAUUACAAUUGUUCUUUAUUAAACUGCCCAUUCUCUUUUGUAAUUUUUUUUUUUAAAUAACAGAAGGACAGUUGAUCUUGUGAGGCUGUGAAAUGACACUCUUAAAAUUCCACAUUGUCUAUGUCAUUUGAAAAGAAAUAUCACAAAGCACAGCCAAUGUGGUGUGCUUUCAAAAGUCAAUCAAUCAAAAGAAUAAAGCCUUCGCUCAAUUGAAGAAAAAAUUGCAGAUUGAUGAUACAGUAACUGUUGUGAAACUGCAAGGAAAGUCUCUUGAAAAUUAAUGCAGCUUCUCAUUGUUGUUAGUUUUGGUUUCAGCCUUGUUUUAUCUCAUUUCAAUCAGUCAAAUAAUCGUAUAUACAUUAAAAUUUUUACCUGUAUUGAACAAAUGUUUUUGUACGAAUAGAUUAUGUUUCUUCUUUUUUGUAAGAAUUUGUAAUAUUAAGCAAUGUUGGUUGACUGCUGUUUGCAAUUGGUCAUACCUGUGUAGUAUUGUCAUCAGGUUGCUGUAUAAAUGGUUCUACUCUUAACUGUAUGUGUGGGAGAAUAAAAACCAACAUUUGUGUCGUACAA